GAAGAAAGACCGGAAGCAGCAGCAGUAGUGGACCCUGCAUAGCGGUGAACGUUUUCUCCUGAACUUUUCCACCUUUAACAGUCAAAACGUCGUACGCAAUGAGAGGAGACCGGGGCAGGGGCCGCGGAGGCCGCUUCGGGUCCCGCGGUGGUCUGGUGCAGGGGUACCGUCCAUUUGUCCCACACAUCCCAUUCGAUUUUUACGUGUGUGAGAUGGCAUUCCCCAGAGUAAAACCUGCACCCGACGAGACGGCGUUCAGCGAGUGUCUGCUAAAGAGGAACCAGGACUUGAGUCCCACACCUGCAGAGCAGUCCUCCAUCUUGUCCCUGGUCACAAAGAUCAAUAACGUUAUUGACAACCUGAUUGUUGCUCCUGGCAACUUUGAAGUGCAAAUUGAAGAGGUGCGUCAGGUGGGCUCUUACAAGAAGGGCACCAUGACAAGUGGACACAAUGUCGCUGACCUGGUUGUAAUCCUCAAGAUUCUCCCUACAUUGGAGGCAGUUGCUGCUCUGGGCAACAAAGUCGUGGAUACCCUGCGCACACAGGACCCCAGUGAAGUGCUGUCUAUGCUGACAAACGAGACGGGCUUUGAGAUCAGUUCAGCCGAUGCCACCGUCAAGAUCCUCAUCACCACUGUUCCUCCAAACCUGCGCAAGCUGGACCCAGAACUACACUUGGACAUCAAGGUUUUGCAGAGUGCGCUUGCCGCCAUCCGCCACGCUCGCUGGUUUGAGGAGAAUGCAUCUCAGUCAACGGUAAAAGUGUUGAUCCGCCUGCUCAAGGACCUGAGGGUGCGUUUCCCUGGAUUUGAACCUCUCACUCCCUGGAUUCUGGACCUGCUGGGACACUCUGCUGUGAUGAACAACCCGUCCAGGCAGCCGCUGUCCCUCAAUGUCGCUUACAGGCGCUGCCUGCAGAUGCUGGCCGCUGGUCUCUUCCUUCCAGGCUCAGUGGGCAUCACUGACCCAUGUGAGAGCGGGAACUUCAGAGUGCACACGGUCAUGACUCUGGAACAGCAGGACAUGGUGUGUUUCACAGCGCAGACUCUGGUCAGGGUUCUCUCUCAUGGAGGAUACAGGAAGAUCCUCGGUCUGGAGGGCGAUGCCAGCUAUCUGACGACAGAGAUGUCCACGUGGGACGGCGUGAUCGUCACGCCCUCGGAGAAGGCCUACGAGAAACCUCCGGAGAAGAAGGAGGAGGAAGAUGACGCGCUGGAGGAGGGAGGAGACGGAGAGGAGGAGAGCAUGGAGACGCAGGAGUGACGAGAACUAGUGAGUGUUGGCCAUUGCUGAGGAAGUCGUUUCUGGACGGGAACACCAGCAGGAAGUGUUGGGACCUGAGAGCCACUGAUCACCUGACGUGCUCAGAGAGACUCACCUCACUUUUAUUGUUUUGUUUUUUUCUAUUUACCUUGUGUUUGCUUUGUACUUUUCUCUUUGUAAUAGUUAGUAAACAUUUUUUUUAAUUUG